AAUUUUACUCUGAGAAGUGUAGCCGCGGUCUGCCUCCCUCUGUUGGGCGGAGCCCCGAGCUGAGAUCUAUUUCAAAUUAGACUAGGCAGUGCGUGAAUUAUCAUUGCUCAGUCUGGGAGCAUACUGUGUAACGAAGGAGUUGCUUUUUCUUGGAGUUCACCUGAGACUAACGUGGGAAAUGGCCGGUGUUCUAUCCAACCUGUAUUACAACGCCAAGGAUGUGAAGGACCUGGUGUCUGCCUAUAAACGUGAAGGACAGAAGGGUUUUCAAUUGGCCAUCGAGAGAAAAUCCAAGCAGUUCAAAAAUGUACAGAUCCGGAUUGCGGUGAUGGGUGAAGGUGGUUCAGGCAAAUCGACCCUGAUCAAUGCUCUGCUUGACUUGGAUGAGAAUGAGGAAGGGGCUGCCCCAACUGGCAGCACAGAGACCACCAUGGAAAUAACACCUUACGCCCACCCCACCCUUCCUAAUGUUCAGUACUAUGACUUCCCCGGGUUCCAUACACCAAAGUUUCCGAUGAAAAAGUUCAUGAAGAAAACCAACUUUUCCGAGUAUGAUUUGGGCAUCAUUGUCACUGAUUCUCGGUUCACGGAGAAUGACAAGUUACUGGCUGAAGCACUGAAGAAGGCGGGCAAACCUUUCUACCUGGUGCGCUCUAAGAUCGACGAUACUAUCAGGGCAGAAAGCCACAAAAGGGGUUACAACCAGGAGAAUAUGUAUCGGAAAACGAGAGAAUAUUGCGUCUCCUCACUGCAGGCAGCAGGGAUAGAGAAACCUACCGUUUUUCUCUAUUCUGCACGUAACCUUAAUGAGUUUGAUUUUCCUGAAUUAAGGGAGGCUGUGGUAUCCAAUCUCUCGGAGACACAGAAGAAUCUGUUCAUCACAGCACUCCCCAACACAUGUGAAGCUGCUAUAGAGCGAAAACAUAAGGCUCUGCGGCCAUUCAUCCAGAUGUUGUCCGCCGUAUCGGGGGGUAUCGGUGCAGUUCCCAUUCCGGGUUUGUCUCUUGCCUGUGACCUGACGCUCAUUAUCUCCGGUAUCGUGUUCAUGCGGAAGAACCUUGGUCUGGAUGAGGCAUCCCUCCGCAGACUGGCCCAAAGGGUGGGGACCAGUGUCGCGGAUCUGCGGAGAGGUACAGAGCACAACUGGGUGUUCGGAGAGAUCACACGUGAGCAGGUCCUGCUGUUGAUCCAGGCAAGCACCGUGGCACUGACACUGACAACUGCCGAGCUCUUCCUUCACUUUGUCCCCAUUCUGGGCUCUGUCUUUGGGGCAACAUCAUCCUUUGCCGUGACUCUCAUGAUGCUGAACAAUUCGCUGGAUGCAAUGGUGGAGACAGCUAAAAUUGUCCUGAAAAAUACCAAGGCAGCCGCUUCCUCUGAAGGCAUAGGUAACUGAGGGCUGUUGUCAGCGCGCCCCUCUUACUCUAUCCCGGAGGGAUUGCCAAAUCAUCCUGAUAUCUAUCACCCGAAAUCAAUGUCUUUCUGGCACCCCAUCCCCAUCUGGACAAGAGAUUCUGCAGAUCCUUGAAAUCAUGGGCAACACACAGCAGGAACUCAGCAGGUCAGGCAGCAUCAGCGGAGGGGAAUAAACAAUCCAUGAGGACUCCUGUUAAUCCUUGCACCGCUUGAGUCCAAGUGUUUCCCGUUACCCCUAUAACAAGGGCGAUCUCUGUUACCAUCAUUUCCGGGAGUUGUUUCUCCAUUUUCACUGCCUGACCCAGUGAACCACCCACCUCUUCCUGGUUUAUUUCAGAUUUCCAGCAUCUGCAGCAUUUUGCAUCAGAAUGCCUCACAAUUUAAUUUAGAUUCAGUCAUCCUCGUGUAGAUGUUUAAUGUCACAAACACGAGAAACUCUGCAUAUGCUGAAAAUCCAAAGCAACACACACAAAAUGCUGGAGGAACUCAACAGGCCAGGCAACAUCGAUGGAAAAGAAUAAACAGUUGAUGUUUCGGACAGUGACACUUCAUCAGAACUGAAGGUUCUCGUGGUCCACCUACCAAUGACCAGUUCCAGCAACAGCAGGAUGGCAAUGAUUACCUCCUUCCCCCUAUUCAGUGCCAUGUCCAGCAAGGUAUGGAUUCAUGUCAGUGUUCCCAGCUUCAAUGUCGAAUCGUUCAGCUCAAUGAAUUUAAUUUCCUCAGCCCUGCUGGAAUUUAAACUCAGUCUCCCGUGUUACUGAGUCUAAGUAUCGAUGCAGUAGCUAAAUCUGACAAGUAGUGUGCACACACAUUUCAUCAUAGUCCAGCUUAAUGUUUGUUUUCUUCUUCUGUACUAUUCCAAUGUACUUUUGAAUUGUGAUUAAAAGAUCUGACAGA